AUGGGUGCGAGGCGGACGCAUCAAUUUCUGCUGUUGACUGCAGCUGUAUGCGCGGUAGCAGAUUUACCGUCAGAAAAAGAACAUGUGUCUUCAUGUUACAACAAUGCCGCCGUGUCUGUCCUUCGUCUUCGGCAAUGUUUGGACAUGAUCAAAACUUUCGCAUCGAAUGAUUCCAUGUUCUGGUUUGGAGAACGCUGGAAAGCGACAUGCACAAUGCCGCACAAUCGCUUUCUUUUCGACUCGUAUAUCACCGAUGAUUUCGCAACUGGAAAGAACUUAGGAAAGAUCUUUCGAGCCCUGCAACGGAACAAAAUAACUUUAGUGACAGUUCUUUACCUGUCAGAUGUGUCUGUGCAGAAACAGCGGAUCGAUUGCGACGUGCCCCGUGAACUGCAAAGUUAUCGAAGCCUCGGGGGUCGCCUGCUGCGAGUAAACCUGUUUGACAAAGCGUACCUGCGCGCGCUGAGGAUACUGCCUCAAAUGGUAUUUGUCUCGGAGCCAGGUGGUUAUAUUGGAUGCGAUCACGAAUAUGCGUUUGACAGAACAAAGAUCAUUUAUUCCUUUCCUGGCAUGAAGCCUGUGGCAUCAUGGCAUCUCCGCAAGAAACCUAAAGUAUUUUGGCCUGAAAUGGAAGCAUCUAAGAGCUACACUUUGGCUAUAGUUGACGCCGCCCGUGGUCAGCUUCAUUAUUUAGCCUUCAACUACCCAGGGGCUACUCAGUACCUUAACAGCUACCCCUGUUUCAUCGGCUUUUACUCGACUGACUUUGGCAUCAAUGUUUCUCAUGAUGAGAACAUACGUGGACUUUUUGGCCAAUGCCAGUUCCAGUUAUCGCCAGAAUUCUUCAACUUCCUUCUCGUCGGCUGUACUUCUGGAAUCAUAUUUUUGACGAUCAUCAAGAUUCUGUUCUUGUUCAGUUAG